CUUUAAUUAAAUUUUUCGACACGAAGCCCACUGUGUUUUGUGUAGUUUUAUGAAUAUAAUUUUUAUGUAAAAAUGGCAGUAUGUGCGGCCAUAGUUGGGAAAGAAAAUUCUCCGAAAUUUUUUUGUUGUGUUAAUCCAGAUGAAGAAUUAAAUUUCCAAUAUAAAGUUUUAUCCUCUCUGGACAUCAUCGAAGAGAAACUGAACCCUACAAAUAAACCGGGCACAGAAAUAAAAGAAUUGUACUUGGGAAUGUUAUAUUCUUUGGAAACUUGCAAAAUAUAUGGAUAUGUUACUAAUACUAAAAUUAAGUUUAUAAUUGUUGUGGAUUCCUCAAACUUACAAUUAAGAGAUAAUGAGAUCAGAUCUAUGUUCUCAAAAAUACAUUCUGAAUAUGCUGAUAUGGUUAGUAAUCCUUUUUACACACCUGGUGAGCCCAUUACCUCAAAGCUGUUUGCUUCCAGCAUCAAAAAUAUCAUUACAGGAACUGUUUAGCUUGUAAAAACGUUGGUACCUUUUUAAAUAAAUGUAAGUUAACUUGU